UUCGCACACAGCUGCUCCAAAAUUCAUAGCUGCUUAAGAAAUAACGGGUUAGCAGCAGCCACGUUUGUCUAAACGUCACACAACGAAGCAGUGCCGUUUGGAUUCUUAUCUUCGCAAGUGUAAGUCACUGCAAAUAGUACAAACCGUACAGUAUGUCUCGAUUCAAACUGGAACACGGGAUCUGGCUGCUGUUUUUCGGAGCUCUGGUCAUACAGAGUGUUUCCAGCGCGAGCCUGCAGCGUCGUUCAACAGGAAGGGAAGAAUUUGAGGAGGAUUCCCAUGAAGAAGACAGCAAAGAAAAAAUGACAAAGAGUGCUGAGUCCGAGGAAGGGGAACCGAACGAGAGCAAAAGUGUCGAAUCGGACGAAGUAGAACCGGACGAGAAGGAGAGCGACGAGUCCAAGGAAGUGGAACAGGGUGAAAACGAGCACGACGAGUCAGAAGAAAAGGAAAAGGACGAGAGCAAGGGCAACGUGUCCAAGGAAGAGGAACAAAGCGAGAACGAGCGCGAGGAGUCCGAAGAAGAGGAACCGAGCGAGGAUGCAAGCGACGAGUCCGAGGAAGACGAACAAAGCGAGAACGAGAGCAAUGAGUCUGAGGAAGCGGAACCGGGCAAGAGCAAGGGCGAUGUGUCCGAGGAAGAGCAGCAGGACGAGAACGAGAGCAACCAGUCCGAGGAAGACGAACAGGGCGAGAACGAGAGCGUCAAGUCUGAGGAAGAGGAACAGGGGGAGAACGAAAGCGAUGAGUCCGAGGAGGAGCAACAGGUUGAGAACGAGAGCAACGAGUCCGAGGAAGAGGAAGCAGGCGAGAACAAGGCCGACCACACCGAGAAAGUGGAACACGGCGAGAACGAGAGCGACAAGUCCAAGGAAGAGGAAACGAACACGAGCAGCGAAAACGCAGAGUCUCAGGAACAGGAACAGGGCGAGGACAAGAGCGCCGAGUCCGAGGAAGAGGAACAGGAGGAGAACGAGAGCGACCAGUCCCAUGAAGUGGAACACGGCGAGAACGAGAGCGACAAGUCCGAGGAAGAAGAACCGAACGAGAGCCAAAACGUAGUGUCUGAGAAAGAGGAACAGGGCGAGGACGAGGGCGUCGAGUCCGAAGAAAACGAACAGGAGGAGAACGAGAGCGACAAGUCGGUGGAGGAGGAACCAGGCGAGAACGAGGGCGACCAGUCCGAGGAAGAGGAACCGAACGAUAGCAAAAAAUUAGAUUCUGAGGAAGAGGAACAGGGCGAAGACGAGAGCGUCGAGUCCGAGGAAGACGAAGAUCAGGAGAACGAGAGCGACAAGUCGGAGGAAGAAGAACGAGGCGAGAAUGAGGGCGACGAGUCCCAGGAAGUAGAACACGGUGGGAACGAGAGCGACCAGUCGGAGGAAGAGGAACGGAACGAGAGGAAAAACGUAGUGUCUGUGGAAGAUCAACAGGGCGCGGACGAGGGCGUCGAGUCCGAGGAAGAGGAACAGGACGAGAACGAGAGCGUCGAGUCUGAGGAAGAGGAACAGGAGGAGAACGAGAGCGACGAGUCGGGGGAAGGGGAAUCAGUUGAGAACAAGGGCGACGAGUCCAAGGAAGCGGAACACGGCCAGAGCGAGAGCGUCAAGUCCGAGGAAGAGGAACAGGAUGAGAACGAGAGCGACGAGUCGGAGGAAGAGGAACCAGGCGAGAACAAGAGCAACGAGUCCGAGGAAGUGGAACACGGCCAGAGCGAGAGCGUCAAGUCCGAGGAAGAGGAACACGAAGAGAACGAGAGCGAUGAGUCUGAGGAAGAGGAACAAGGUGGGAACGAGACCAACCACUCCAAGGAAGAGGAUAAGGGCGAGGACGAGAGCGUCGAGUCCGAAGAAGACGAACUGGAGGAGAACGGGAGCGACGAGUUCGAGGAAGAGGAACCAGGCGAGAACGAGGGUGACGAGUCCGCGGAAGUGGAACACGGCAAGAACAAGAGCAACACGUCCGAGGAAGAGGAACAGGAAGAGAGCGAGAGCGACCAGUCCGAGGAAGAGGAACCGAACGAGGGCAAAAACGUAGAGUCAGAGGACGAGGAACAGGAGCAGAACGAGAGCAACAAGUUGGAUGAAGAGGAACAGAAAGAGAACGAGAGUGACCAGUCCGAGGAAGAGGAAGCGAACGAGAACAAAAACGUAGUGCCUGAGGAAGACGAACAGGGCGAGGAGGAGAGCGUCGAGUCCGAGGAAGGGGAACAGGACGAGAACGAGAGCGACGAGUCGGAGGAAGCAGAACCAGACGAGAACAAGAGCAACGGAUCCGAGGAAGUGGAACACGGCCAGAAUGAGAGCGACAAGUCCGAGGACGAGGAACACGAAGAGAACGAGAGCGACCAGUCUGAGGAAGAGGAACCAGACGAGAGCAAAAACGUAGAGUCAGAGGGCGAGGAACAGGAGCAGAACGAGAGCGAUGAGUCGGAGGAAGAGGAAUCAGGCGAGAACAAGGGCAAGGAGUCCGAGGAAGGGGAACACGGCCAGAACGAAAGCAGCAAGACCGAGAAAGAGGAACAGGAAGAAGACGAGAGCGACCAGUCCGAGAAACAGGAACCGAACGAGAGCACAAACAUAGUGUCCGGGGAAGACAAACAGGGCGAGGACGAGAGCGUCGAGUCCGAGAAAGAGGGACAGGAAGAGCACGAGAGCGGCGAGUCGGAGGAAGAGGAAUCAGGCGAGAACAAAGGCGACAAGUCCGAGGAAGUGGAACACGGCGAGAACGAGAGUAACAAGUCCGGGGAAAAGGAACAGGAAGAGAUCGAGAGCGAUCAGUCCGAGGAAGAGGAACCGAACGAGAGCGACCAGUCCGAGGAAGAGGAACUGAACGAGAGCAAAAACGUAGUGCCUGUGGAAGAUCAACAGGGCGCGGACGAGAGCGUCGAGUCCGAGGAAGAGGAACAGGAGGAGACCAAGAGCGACGAGUCGGGGGAAGGGGAAUCAGGUGAGAACAAGGGCGACGAGUCCAAGCAAGCGGAACACGGCCAGAGCGAGAGCGUCAAGUCCGAGGAAGAGGAACAGGAAGAGAACGGGAGCGACGAGUCGGAGGAAGAGGAACCAGGCGAGAACAAGAGCAACGAGUCCGAGGAAGUGGAACACGGCCAGACCGAGAGCGUCAAGUCCGAGGAAGAGGAACACGAAGAGAACGAGAGCGAUGAGUCUGAGGAAGAGGAACAAGGUGGGAACGAGAGCAACCACUCCAAGGAAGAGGAUCAGGGUGAGGACGAGAGCGUCGAGUCCGAGGAUGACGAACAGGAGGAGAACGGGAGCGACGAGUUCGAGGAAGAGGAACCAGGCGAGAACGAGGGCGACGAGUCCGCGGAAGUGGAACACGGCAAGAACGAGAGCAACACGUCCGAUGAAGAGAAACAGGAAGAGAAAGAGAGCGACCAGUCCGAGGAAGAGGAACCGAACGAGAGCAAAAACGUAGAGUCAGAGGAAGAGGAACAGGAGCAGAACGAGAGCAACAAGUUGGAUGAAGAGGAACAGAAAGAGAACGAGAGUGACCAGUCCGAGGAAGAGGAACCGAACGAGAACAAAAACGUAGCGCCUGAGGAAGACGAACAGGGCGAGGACCAGAGCGUCGAGUCUGAGGAAGGGGAACAGGAGGAGAAUGAGAGUGACGAGUCGGAGGAAGAGGAACAGGAAGGGAACGAGAGCGACCAGUCCGAGGAAGAGGAACCGAACAAGAGCAAAAACCCAGAGUCUGAGGAAGAGGAACAGAGCGUGGACGAGAGCGUCGAGUCCGAGGAACAGGAAGAGGAAGAGCAGCAGAACGAGAGCGACAAGUCCAAGGAAGAGGAGGAUGAGCAGAACGAGAGCGACAAGUCCAAGGAAGAGGAACAUGGAGAGAACGAGAGCAUGGUGUCCGAGGAAGAGGAACCGGCGGAGAACAGAAACAACGAGUCAGAAGAAGAAAAACAGGGCGACAAGGAGAUGGACGAGUCUGACGAAGAGGGACAGGGCGAGAACGAGAGCAACCACUCCAAGGGAGAGGAACUGAACGAAAGCAAGAGCGUGGAGUCUGAGGAACAGGGCGAGGGUGACGAGUCCGAAGAAGAGGAGCAGGGCAAGAACGAGAGCGAUGAGUUCGAGCAAAAUGAACCAAAUGAGAGCAAGAGCGUAGUGUCUACGGAAGAAGAACCGGGCGAGGGUGGAGAGGCCAACAAGGGAUGCUCAGAUAAAGUGUGGAACGAGAAGAUGAACAGAGCAUUGAAAAAAUGGAGAGAAUUGAGAAAAUUAGAGAGAAGGCUGAAGCGAUUAAUGCGGUGGUGGAGCAGAGUGUCAGAGCUGAAGAAGAAAUAGGCUAAUCCAUCAAAAGCGUAAGCAUCGAGAUAACUUUUGAAAAAGAAGCACAGUGUUUUAAAUAAAAGCUUAGGGACGAUUC